AUGAAGACGCUUCUCGCCGCCGCGCUGGGCGGGGCCGCCGCCGUCGACCCGGCGCCGACCAUCGCCAUCGCCCCGAACGUCAACCUGCCGUACGUCGCCCUGGGCACGGGCAGCGGGCAGCACGGCUCCGUGGCCAACGCGACCGCUCUGUGGCUCGGGUCCAGCGCGGGCAAGGCCAUCGACACGUCCAUCAUCUACGGCGACCAGCCCGCCAUCGCCGCGGGCAUCGCGGCGCUCGGCAUCGAUCGGUCCGCCUACUUCCUCGAGACGAAGAUCGUCACCGAGGACUUUCGCCACUACGCGAACCACACGUCGAUCGCCGCGGAGAUCGACGAGAACCUCCGGGAACUCGGCGUCGCCUACGUCGAUUUGUUAUUGAUCCACUUCCCGGGCACGGCGUCGGCGAACCGCGAGGCCUGGAUGGCUCUGGAAGCCGCGCUCGCGGCGGGCCAGACGAAGGCGAUCGGCGUCAGCAACUUCGGCAAGCUGAACCUCGAAGCGUUGAAGCUCGCGGCGACGGUCUGGCCGCCCGCCGUAAAUCAGCUCGAGCUCUCCGUGUCCUACCAUGACGACGACCUGCUCGCCUACCACGCCGAGGAGGGCAUCGUCGUCCAGGCGUACUCGCCGCUGUGCGGCGGCUUCAACGGGUCCUCGUGCACGGCCCACGGCGGCAAGAACGUGCUCACGGUGCCCGAGGUCAAGUCGCUGGCGACGAAGUACGGCGUGAGCGGCGCGCAGAUCGGGUUGAAGUGGAUCGUCCAGCAGGGCCACCCGCUCGCGACGUCCAUCUGGAACAAGGACUACAUGGACGAGGACCUCACGCUCUGGAACUUCAACAUCUCCGACGCGGACAUGGCGACGCUGAGCGCCGUCUACCAGCCGGAGGAGUAA